AUGUCCUUCAUCACCUCUCCGACCGCCUUCCGUCUUCGUGACGGUAUGGCUGGAUUUUCUUCGAACGAUAUGGCCUACAAUUCUACCGAUUUUCUCUUACAAACGGCGGCCUCGACAGCUGCUACAGCCUUCAAAAAGCAUAUGCCACCUCAUUCAUCCCAUCCUUCGUUAGGAAACCUUAUUCUAUUGGUAUUCGAAGCAGUAUUAGAAGUCGUAUGUGUCAGUUUACCGGGUUAUAUCAUCGCCAGGCAGGGCAUGUUCGAUGCAGGGAACCAGAAAUUUAUUGCGAAUUUGAACGUUAGCUUGUUUACACCAUGUUUGAUUUUUACGAAACUAGCCUCUCAACUGACCGUUGACAAACUUGCCGACCUCGCCGUUAUCCCUAUUAUCUUUGUCUUUAUGACUGCCGUUUCUUAUGUCGGUUCCGUACUCGUAGCCAAGGCGUUCAAAUUCCGUCGUCGGGCUAGGAACUUCGUAAUCGCUAUGGGUGUAUUCGGAAACUCAAAUUCGCUGCCGAUUUCGUUGGUCCUGUCGCUGGCUUUCACACUGAAAGGUUUGCACUGGAGUAAGAUACCCGGUGACAAUGACAACGACGUCGCUGCCCGUGGUAUCUUGUAUUUGCUCAUCUUUCAGCAGUUGGGACAGCUGGUGCGAUGGAGCUGGGGUUAUCAUGUUCUGCUUGCACCGGCGAGCGCGUACACCGUCGAAGAGGGUGGAACACGGGAAGCUGACGAGGAAGCUGACGAUGAGGCCGAAAACCCGUUCUUUGACGAAAAUGACCGCUAUACCGAUGAACCUGCCCCUAUUGCAUCUCGCACCGAAUCUGUCGACUCUGAAAGCGAAUGGGACGAAGACCUCGAAACUGGUACACGUAGAAAAUCGACUGAUCCCUUCCGUCAUCCCGGCUUCCCUGAAUAUGAAGGUCUUGCAACUCCUACUGGUGAAGCGCCACAACUCAUUAUUGGUCGUCCGAUUACCGGUAUGAACCGUCGUGAUAGCGAGAACAUUCGAAGCCAUCCAGAUAGGUUGAAUUCCGGAUCGACUAUUCCACCAAAAAUGAAGACCCUACCACCGAUACCGCAGAGUUUGGAUAGUGUGACAGAGGCACUCGGAAAUACGCAGCGUAAGGGUAGCGAUCAGCGGUAUCAUGAUGUUGAAACGCCAGGGCAAUCAUCGACAGCUGUCAGCGCGAGUGCUAGCAAUAUUUCGUCUCCAACAACGUCGAGGUCUGAUAGUCCUACUCGGUCGAAAAUGGUGAAACGAGAUUCUAGGGUCAUCACUAGCUUUCCUGAGCCUUCAGAGUCAGCCAUUACAUCGCCCAUGAGCUCCAAGACGAAUCUCCUCAAGGCCGUACCCGAACUCCGACAUAAGAUGAGCAAGAACAUCGCCCAAGCAACCAAGAACCUUCCCAAGGCACCAAAGUGGUCUAAGAAACCAGCCGGCUUUCUCAAGCGCUUCUUUAUGGGACUUUGGGAAUUCAUGAACCCACCACUUUGGGCCAUGUUGGCAGCUCUCCUUGUUGCAUCCGUCCCCGCACUUCAAAAGCUCUUCUUCACACCAGGAACCUUUGUCGAAAACUCCGUCACCAGAGCAGUCAAGCAAUCUGGAAAUGUCGCCGUUCCAUUGAUUCUUGUGGUCCUAGGUGCCAACCUCGCUGGAAAUACCAUCCCAAAACCAGAGGAUGAUCCCCUCGCCACCCCAGGACAUCAUAAAGCCACCGCCCGUCAUGAACGCAACAUUCUUCUAGCCGCACUAAUCUCUCGUAUGCUCAUCCCGACAAUAAUAAUAGCACCCAUGCUAGCUAUCGCGGCGAAGUUCCUACCAAUCAGUUUACUCGGCGAUCCGAUAUUUAUUAUUGUCUGUUUCUUACUCGCGGGUGCGCCAAGUGCGUUACAGCUCAGCCAGAUCUGUCAGUUGAACGGGGUGUAUGAGAAUGUGAUGGCGAAGAUCUUGUUCUGGAGUUAUGUGGUGGUUAUUUUACCGAGCACGUUGAUUUUGGUUAUUUGUGGGUUGGAAGUGGUUGAAUGGGCAACUUAUGAUAAAGCUUGA